AGCAUGCGGGCCCUCACUUCCCCUUUCUGCACGGCGCAGGCCUGGGUGCCCGCCACCAGACGGGAGCAGUCCUCCCUGGGGAGCCCGAAGCAAACAUGGAUCAAGAAGCCGUGGGCAACAUCGUCCUGCUGGCCAUCGUCACCCUCAUCAGCGUGGUCCAGAACGGGUUCUUUGCCCACAAGGUGGAGCAUGAAAGCAAGACACACAAUGGGCGGAGCUUCCAGAGGACGGGAACACUUGCCUUUGAGCGGGUCUACACUGCCAACCAAAACUGCGUUGAUGCGUACCCCACUUUCCUUGUUGUGCUCUGGAGUGCAGGGCUCCUGUGUAGCCAAGUUCCCGCCGCCUUUGCUGGACUGAUGUACCUGUUCGUGAGGCAAAAGUACUUCGUCGGCUACCUGGGGGAGAGAACUCAGAGGGUCUGGGCCUUGAAUGACUUUCUGUGUCUGGCUUCCCAAGGCCUCUGGGGAGUGAAGCAUUUUAUUGUUUGCCUCAAGAAACGAGAGCUCAAGCUUGCACCUUGUGAGACGUUCUCUUGAGUAACAGAUCUUCCAGGGACCAGCAGGAAGAACGUUGCAAAAAUAGUCCGCGCUCACAGGCAAAGGAUGGAGUCUGUGAAUAGCGUCCCCGUUGCAUUGCUUAUAGACGCUGCCAGACGGAAGGCUCCGGAACAGCACUUACAUACUUUGACGACACCCGCCUUGGGAAGUCGGGAUUUUCAUAAAAUAAAUGAGGAUACUUACAGAAGAGAUGUUCGAGUUCUAGUCUGCGAUCAGUUCCUUAGAAUUCCUAAGGUACCAGGAGGGCUCUGAGAGGCAGGCUGGUUCUUACCAGUUCCGGGAGGCUGCCGCCCCUAUGGGUACUGCAGCCUUCCCCUCCAUUUCUCUCCCUUGUCUGGUUUCACAUCCCUCUCUGUCUCUCACAAUAGCACCCUUCUUUCGUGGUUAAUGGGCUCUCCGCUCAGAUAGCAUCCUUCAGCGGUGACAAAGGCUCUGACAUCCCGCGAGGUCGGCAGGUGAAAGCACUGUCAUCUGGGGACCUUGGGAGCCGGU